CAAGUGGUGACGAGGGUAGGAUUCCGGUGCUGCUCCAGUAACGGAAGGAAGUAGAAGUCAAGGAAUCUAAGGGACAAGUUCCUGCCUUGUGUGGAUUUGCUAGUGGGAGCAGCACUUAACCUUAGCGAGGGGGAGUCAGCUGUCUUGCAUGCUACAGCCCUUGAGGAUGGACAGGCAGAGGAGCUGAAACAUGUGACAGCUAGAGGGAAAGAAUACAGGAUAUGAAGAGAAAUAGGAUCUGAAGGAACAGUCCUGGGCUUCUUGCCUUUCUGGAAAAUGCAUUUACCACCCUGCUUUACAAGUCCUUUGGAAAGAAGAGAGCAUAUUUGCCUCCAGAUAUGAACUCAUCCUACCAGCUACACAUUCCAGAACUUAACUUGAGUACUUUUGGCAUCAACUUUACGGUGCCUAUUGUCAAGAACAAAUCAUCACCAUGUGAGCAAGUGGUCAUAGCAGUGGAGGUGUUUCUAAUCCUGGGCAUUAUAAGCCUCCUUGAAAAUAUCUUGGUCAUCUGUGCAAUAGUAAAGAACAAGAACUUGCACUCACCUAUGUAUUUCUUUGUGUGCAGUUUAGCAGUAGCUGACAUGCUGGUCAGUGUUUCUAAUGCUUGGGAGACCAUAACGAUAUAUUUAAUAAACAAUAGGCAUCUAAUUAUGGAAGAUGCUUUUGUACAACAUAUAGACAAUGUUUUUGAUUCAAUGAUCUGCAUAUCUGUGGUGGCUUCCAUGUGCAGUUUGUUGGCUAUAGCAGUAGACAGGUAUGUCACAAUUUUCUACGCCCUGCGUUAUCACAACAUCAUGACAGUGAAAAGAUCAGGGCUAAUCAUUGCAUGCAUAUGGACGUUUUGCACUGGCUGUGGCAUUAUCUUCAUUCUUUAUUAUGAAUCAACUUACGUUAUCAUUUGUCUCAUCACAAUGUUUUUCACCAUGUUAUUCCUCAUGGUCUCUCUGUACAUACAUAUGUUCCUCCUGGCUCGUACUCAUGUUAAGAGAAUAGCUGCUUUGCCUGGAUACAAUUCUGUCCAUCAAAGAACCAGUAUGAAGGGGGCUAUCACUCUGACCAUGCUACUAGGCAUCUUCAUUGUUUGUUGGGCUCCAUUUUUUCUCCACCUCAUCCUGAUGAUUUCUUGCCCUCAGAACCUCUACUGUGUUUGCUUUAUGUCUCACUUCAACAUGUACCUCAUCCUCAUCAUGUGUAACUCAGUGAUCGAUCCCUUGAUCUAUGCCUUUCGUAGCCAGGAAAUGCGGAAGACCUUCAAGGAGAUUAUUUGUUGCUAUAGCCUAAGAAUGGCCUGUGGGUUGUCGAGCAAGUAUUAGGAAAAUGCAUUUUUGAAUGAGGAAACCAAGAUGCAAUAUUAUUAUUUAUCAGGAAAAUCAUGCGUCAAAAUUGUUAGCAUCUUCUUGCCCUAUUUCUGCUGAAGGAACUAUAAAAUGUCUUUCCACCUUGUAAUGAGGAUCAUGUUUUUAUGGAAAUUAGAAAGCUGUUUUUCUAGUUUGAUGUUAUUUGGUUUAUUUCCCCUUCCAUACACACCUAUAGCUCUACCUGGCAUUAAUAGGAGUUAGCAUAUGCAUGUAUAUCAAGAGAAGAAUAGAACAUUUGGGGCCAGAUUCAAGCCAGAUAUUUUAUAAAAGUAGCAGAAAUUUCAUCCUUUCCCCUCUGAUUUUUAUGGGUAGGGUACAUGAAUAUGUAGAUGUGGGUAGGAUAUCCCUAUUUGUCUCACUGCCAAAUGCAGUGAGCAUUAACUAACACACAACCAAUAGAUGGGUUUCUAGUUAACAUUUUCUUUGGGUACAACAUGGCUCAUUGUGGCAGUGUGAGAAUGGACAGGUUUCCUGUCAAUUUCUUCAUUGACAUAAAGCCAGAAGAAUAACUGAUCAGCAUUAAGUGAAAAGUAUAAUCUGUAAACGUCAGUGUCUAUACGCCUCAACCAACACAAUUAUGAACAAGAAAUUGUAUAUGUAUAUAUACACAAAUUUUUGUACCCCAAUCAUGAUUGUUGCAUUCACAAAAUACAUACUACACAAGAGGUCAAUGUAAUUGCACCAUUUCCCAGUAUUAAGCAUAGUAUUUUAUGACACCUGUCUGUAUUUGUUCCAGUGUGCCUAUUACUGUAUAUUUAGGCAAAGGUGUACCACAUGCUGAUUUUAAUGCUGCAGUGGUUCAUCCUAAAGGUAGCACUGGAUAUGGGUUUUUCUGGUCCCUGAAAUGAGUACAGCAUAUAUGGCUUCAAGGUAGACAAAGGUAACCCAUGUAACCUUUUGUGGGGAGACGUUAGGCCAAUGAGCAUGUCAGAGGCAGCAAGAAGAUUGUCAGAUGCGGGUGGAUUUGGGGCACUUAUUAUUGGAAAAAUUUGGGUCCCAGAGUACAGCUUUCACGAUGGCAUUAUACAAAGUAGGGAUGGUUUUCAAGGCAUGCUGGGGGUGGCUCCCAGGAACAUGGGAGAACGUGUAACAUGUUUACAUAGGCCUAAGCCAGCAUCUGAUAUGCUUUUCUCUUUACCAAGAGGCUGCCAUUUUCAUAAAAUACAGCAAUCCUCUUAAAUUUUGUGUGAGCAAUUUGCUUCCUGUUGUGUUCUCUCCAAUACUGUCUUGUGUAACAGUUAUAUAAUGUGAAAAAUGUGGGAUAUGAUCACAGAUGAAGAAAGUACAAUCAAGGAGCUACAAAAUAUUCUAAUUUCUCUUCCAAGGAAUGAUACAAAUCUACUGAAUGUCCUCCCAAAAGCUGGACUUUAGCAUUUAAAUAUAAAAUAUAUAAAGACUCACAGAGGGAACAGUUUCAUAUUGAUUACACAUCUGAAAUGUAAGUUAGCUCACAAGAGUAAAUUAUUCCUUUCCAAAACCAAGAGGUUACUCUUGCUAAAUUGUCUCCAGUGAACCUGUUUCAAGGCCUCAACCAAAGCCCAUUGAAGCCAGUAGAAAGACUCCCAUUAUCCCAAUUGGCUUUGGAUUAGGUCCUUAGAUCGUAGCAUAUUAUAGAAAAAAAA